AUGGACUUUGACCAUACCCUUGAUGCCGAACGCAACCGGCUGAUGGCGGAGUGGGCCAAUACCUUUGACAAUUCUUUGCUUGACAUCGGCGUCGUGGCAGCGAGGUAUAGGAAGAACCCUCGGUGUACGUUGGUGUCGAAACACUGUGGCUCUUUCAACUUUUCAUUGCGGUUGCACUGGGAUGAUGACGGUCCCGAUUGGCUUAUUCGGUUCCCAGUUCUGGGAAAAGCCAUAUUUGCAGAAGAGAAAUACCAGAAUGAAGUUGCCGUGAUGCGUUUCAUACGUCAAAAUACAAAAAUUCCUAUUCCGGAGAUUAUUGCCCACGGAGCUGCUGCGGAGAAUCCCACCGGACUUGGGCCAUUCAUGAUAAUGACCUGGCUUGAAGGGACGACGAUGAAGGACCUGUUGGAGGUGCGGGUUCCGACGCCGGAUGGCAACUCCGAAGGGGUCCUGAAUCCGGAUAUUGCUAACGUGACCCUCAACCCCCUUUAUGACGGAAUUGCCAGAAUUUUGCUCGAUCUCUGGGCGCUAAAUUUUGAUAAAAUCGGCUCUCUGGGGUACGAUGACGUUUCAAAUUCGUGGAAAGUCAAUCGCCGGCCGCUUACCCUUGGGAUGAACGAGUUUGUAAGGCUUGGUGGAAUACCCGAAGAUGAUCUAAAGUCCGGCACUUUUACCUCCUCGCUCGACUACUUCUUCCAUUCUUCCGAAUUGCAUAAACUACACCUUGAAAAGCAGCUGAACAGCAUUUUCGAUUCUCGGGACUGUCGCGAGAAAUACACUUGCCGUCAUCUUUUUAGAUCCAUGAUCCCUUCCUUCGUCUCAAGCAAGGAUAUCAAUGGGCCUUUCAAACUUUUCUGUGACGACUUUGGGCCCGGGAAUAUUCUCGUCAACCCAUCUACCCUCGAAAUAACUGGGGUUAUCGACUGGGAAUUCUGCUACGCAGCGCCUGCUCAAUUUUCAGCAUCUCCACCUUCGUGGCUGCUGUUGAAGCGUCCCGAUCACUGGGUGCAAGAUGACGGGUUACAGCAUUUCCUAAAACACUAUACCCCUAAAUUUGAUAUGUUACUUUCAUCGUUGGAAACCCACGAGGCAGAAAGAGGCUUAUCGGGUGCUGAUGAGAUCCUUUCUAUUCGUAUGCGGAGAUCGAUGGAAGACAGAACGAUAUGGUUCAAUCUUGCUGUCCGCAAUGGUUGGAGCAUAGAUUUCGUUUAUUGGAACUUGCUUGAUAACUAUAUAUACGGCUCUGCCUCGAUGACCGAGAGGGUAGCCGGACAACAGGCGGCAGCGAGCUAUACCGUGACCGAGAGGGGAUCCAAGGCAAACAUCGAGUAUCAGGAGGAGGAGGAUAUUGAAAAGCGAGAGUACUGGCUGCCACCGACGGCAUUGGUGGUUUAG